AUGGUUACCAUAGAAACAGUAUCGUACACAAAAAUUGCCUUCAAGAGUAUGAUACACAAAUAUGGAAAGAUUACGAAAUAUACUGUAUUGCAAAAGAUAUCAAUAACUAUGCAAGCUUUAAAAUUAGUAGUAAUUGGACCAUUGGAGAACUUAUGUGUCGUAUUAUUUAUUUUCUUUAUAAUUUUGAAUAAAAAAAUCUUUCAGAGUGGUAAAACUACAGUAUCAAACUUUCUUGCUGAUGCUUCAGAAAUCCCUUACAAUUACCAUCCAACAUAUGGUGUAAGAAUACUAGAAGCAGAAGCACAAGGCAUUAUAGUAAAUAAUAGAACUAUUUCAAAAGAUAUUGAAAUAUGGGAUUGUAGUGGCGAUUUCAAAUUUAAAACUUGUUGGCCUGCUAUAAGAAAAGAUUUGCAUGGUGUGAUGUUAAUAUAUAGUGCAAAAAAACAAAAUUGUUUAAAAGAAAUACAAGAGUUCUAUGAUUAUUUUGUUACACAGACUAAAUUAGGUCCUGACAUGUGCGUAAUAUUUUGUUACGAUCCUGACAGAACUCUAUCUGAAUUACCGAAAUCGAUUUCUUCCACAUUUCCCAAAGUAUCACAUGUCAGAUGCGAUAUAGAAGAAAGUGGUAAUAAGUUACAAGCUGACUUUCGUUCAUUUUUAAGCUCUCUUAUGACUAAAAUGCAAGACUAUUUGGAUCAAGAAGAAAACACUAUAUUAACCGAUAAUAUUUUAUUUGCUAAAUAAUUUCCUAUUAAUUUAAUAAGAUAUAAUAUAUGU